UGCAUUGGUGUUCAUCACCAUGCUGCGUAGUACGUCAGUUUUGCAGCUCUUCAUCUACGUCGUCGUUUAUUCAGCUGACAGUGACUUCAAUUCCCAUCCCUUGCGUUCCUACGAAUACCGUCUUUCAGAAAAGACACACUACGGACAUCUGUUUGAAGCAACAGACUUCAAUUUUGAAGUUUUGCUGAAUGAUUUGGGUGAUGGAGGCAUACAGUUAGUGUUCAGUCAACCAGAGGACACAGCUAAAGGAUUGGAUGGCUUGGAAGAUUGGUUCUCUUUUAAAAGAGAUGAGAAAGGGGUUGUUACCAAGGUGCUUUAUUCUUCUCGGUCGUCGUCUGAAGUAUUGAUGAGGAAGAAGGCUGUUGCUGGGAUUUUGUCAAUGUCUUUAGAGGUGGUGACAGAUUGAGAUUUACUCAAAUGGGCUCUGACAACUGAUGAAUAGAGACACAUGCAGACAGACCAGACAACACACACACACACACACACACACACACACACACAC